UAGUACCCUAAUCGUAAACUCCACCGUAAACCAAGGUAUUAACAUGUCUAUUUGAAUGUGGGAUUUUAGGAACUCAGUGUCGACGUCGUCGAUCUGUGGGGGAUCGCAUUCGCGAUGGUGAGGUCGAUUGGUAUACUCGCAAUCGGAGGCGUGAUCUGUGUAUUGUGAUACGAUUUGUGCUGUUCUUUCGCGGAGAGCAUCCAUCAAUCGUAAGACGGAUUGAUUGUGCAAGUGAUUGUCGAGCUGCUUUGGGAGCCAUGGUGAUGGAGGCGAGCACGAGCAAUGGCAGCGUGAAUGGGGAAGCCUCCUCUGCUGCUGCGUCUGCGGACCUGGAGGAGUAGGCACAUCGGUUGUUCGACGACGGGUGCGAGUUUAUACACAACGAGGCGUUCGAGGACGCUGCUGAAUGUUUCAGCAAGGCUCUCAAGAUUCGUGUCCGGCUUUUUGGAGAGCUCGCGCCCGAGUGUGCUACAACCUACUAUAAAUAUGGAUGUGCUUUAUUCGACAAACUUCAGGAUGAGGCUGAUCCCCUUGGCGAAACUGUGAAUUCAAAUGCUGCACACUCAUCCUCUCAUCCGGAAGGUUCUUCAAGCAAAGCUGCAGUUGAAGCAUAGGUCACUGGAAAAGACCCUGAAGAAGAGGCCGGCGGAGAUGUCGGUGAGGGAGACGAAGAUGAGGCUAUGGGCGAGGGUGAAGAAGGGAAGGAAGAGGAAGGAGACCUAGAGGAUGCUUGGAAGAUGCUGGAAUUUGCUCGAGUUAUCCAUGAAAAGCAGGGCAGCUGUACUACUGAGACUGUUGACAUCAUAACCGAACUUGCAGACGUAAACUGCUUCAAAGAAAAUUACGAGUCAUGUUGUGACGACUAUGCCAAGGCGUUGGAAAUGCUGAAGCAAAUCGUGGAAGCAGAUUCACGGAUACUAGCUGAACUGUACUUUAAGAUUGCAAUUGCUAAACAACUCGAUUUAAAACCCAAGGAGGCACUUACGUACUGCAGUAACGCAGUCGCUGUAUGUGAGUCUCGUUUGCUAAGACUUCAGCAUGAACUAGCUAAUUUACAAACCGAAGGGGUCGAUGCACCAGGGUCCUCAGGAGCUCCCUUUUCUCUGGACAACAAGCAACCUGAACCUCCAAUUAAUAGAACGAUGGAGGAAAUCCAUCAUAGUUCAGACGAUGUUGUACAAAAUGAUCAAGCGAAUCCUGUGGAAGAAAAAUCUGGAGCAGAGUCGAAAGCCACUGAGAUCGAAGACAUUAAGGAGUUACUGGUGGACCUCAAACAUAAGGAACGAGAGUUAAAAGAAAUGGCAGCAGCUCCUAGUUUAGUUGAGCAACUUCAAGCAGCGAAUCCUGAAGCGGCAGCCAGUAUGACGCAACUUUUCUCGAUAGUCGCAGAGAGCCAAGCUAGUGGUUCUGGAGGAUCACCAUUUUCUGCUGUAGCGGAUGGCAUGGUGACGUCUAAUGGGUUUGAUCAGCCAAAACUUACUAAUUUCACCUCUUCAACAGCUGUUGUGACCGAUCUUGGGGUUGUCGGGAGGGGAAUCGAGCGGGCAGACAGUGCAGUUGCUGAAACAAACGCCAACUGCAAUCAACCGUCCAAAACGCGUUCAUUCGACAUGCUGAUGAACGGGACUGGGAAUGGUAAGACACAAGUUGGUUUCGGAGAUAGCACUGUGAAAUUGGUAGGUAACGGCACUAGUUGAUGGUUGAUACGGAUAUACAAAUUUGAUGUGAUUUGAAGUUUUCUUUUUCAAGCGAAAAUCCACCAAUUCCCUGCAUCGUCAGUGCAUCAGCAUCUUCAAUCAGACAGACUGCUGACAUAGAAAGUCCCACUGUUACCACCUGCUCCUGCCGUUGAUUUUCAGCAUCAAUUUUGAUAAGGGCUUGGAUGAGUAUGGUAUCAGGUGGAUAGAAAUAGGAGUGGACCUUCGUCUCGAUCUCUCUAAUAUAUGCGUCACGCAUAAUUAAAAAGAAGAUUACUGAGCGAA